CCAAUGUCCCCUUCCACUCUCAACGCCUUUAAACCCUCUGUUCUCCAUUGGUUUGGCUCCACACUGCAUUACACCAUGUUGUUCAUAAUUCUCCCUGUGUUUCUCUUAUCUUCGGCUUCGCUAGCAUCCGCUGAAGUAGCCACCGACUACUGGUGGAGCUACCCUCCAGACGUCAAUUCCUCCACCGGAUACAAUCCAGAUUUUGAGGUUUGUGGCACCUCUUGUGCAGAAUGCGCCGAAGACGCCAAAAGGUGCCACGCCGAUGCAUUCUCCAACAUUUGUUACGAGCCAGCAAAACAAGAGACUUGCUGCAAUGAUUAUUAUGGCACCGCGUGUAUCGAAGGGUUCUACUGCGCAUACGAUAAUGCAGAGGUAGCAUGGUGUUGUGAAAAUGGCACGAACAUAGAGGAUUGUGGAAGCCUCCUUGAAGUCGAGCUGAAAACCACGGCAAGAGCCGCGCCUACCACCAUCGUAGUCACAAGCAUCUUCGUCCCUCCACCAACCGCUUCUACCGAUUCCAGAGUCAGUAGGCCGAUGCGGACACAACCUCCUAGUUUAAUGGGAAACUCCAUGAGCCACAACAAUGGAACAACCGCAUCGUCCGAGCUAUCCACUGGAGCUAUAGUUGGAAUUUCUGUUGGUGUUAUUGGCGGAAUGGGCGCUGUGAUUGCGAUUGUUGUUUUCUUCAUUCUCCGUCGACGACGAAAUACGAAGUACAUUCCGGUCGGAAGCCAUCCAGCACCAAAUGCAACUUGGGUUGGCCAACACACCUCCCCAGCUGCAGCACAUACGGCGUACGAACCCUUUAAGAGUGGGGUGCACUCUUACGACUAUCAGCAACCGUUGAUAACAUCUGCUCAACCAUCCGUUCCAGCCACUCCUUACCAAGAUAGUGCCAUUACACACGGUCCUUCAUAUUCUGGUCAGCAUGAAGCCGUGGCUGCACCUUCACAUACCCCCCCUGUGACUUUGGCAGCUCAUGAACUGCCCGAACAUAUUCAAUAAUAACGGUAACAGGUUAGAGUGAGGUACAAUAUGUAGGGUGGAGACUUGGUUAACUCGCAUGCACGGUUGGUCUUUUUUGUUGCCUUCAACGGUGGUUGAAAUAGUCUAGAUUUCUUCAAUUUAAACCGGGUGACCCUCUUAAUACUUAACGAUUGGAAGAACUUGGAGGGUUAGUCUCAUCUUUG